AUGGACGACGCCGUGAAACCGCGCGCGCCCGUGCAACCGAUGCGAAUGAUCCGCGACGCCCACACCGGGGUCGACCGCGAUCCGACGUACGCCGAGGCGGUGACGUACGCCCGAGCGCUCCCGAAUGGGGCCACAUCGGACGAUUUCACCGGUCUGCACAAAUGUCGCGGCGGUGACGCGUGCUCGGGAUGUUUUCGACCGCUGUGCGCGGUGUGUCCGAUCUGUGCGUAUAAUUGUCCGUGCGGCGCGGGGUGCACGGACGUGAUCUGGUGCUUGUGGGGCAUCCCGAUUCCGUUGUUUUCGUGCGUCACCGCGUGCGCGUGUCGAGAAGGCGACGAAUCCGGCGCGUUCAUCGCCAGGGAUAAGCAGCAGAUGAAGAGCUGCGCGCUCGUACCCCUCGAUCCAAACAGUGGGAGGUACGCGGUGUACUUCGCGGAGGGAUGCGAGGGAUGCGACCGGGUGUUCAGGGAGGACGCCCGACCCGCGUGCGUGGCCGAGCCGUUGUUCGGCGCGUCGAACGCGAUACAAAUAUAG